AUGCCUGUCCCAAAGCUUGAGCUACAGCAAAGUAGCCGCCUGAGAUCUAUCUCAACGUCCAGCAACUCUCCCGUGCCCACCCCCGCGCUGACGCCGACACACCAACGUACCUCUUCGCACUCGAACAGCAAAAAUCGGAAUGCCCAUCACACCCGGGCCACUUCCUGGACAUCCGGUCACGACGGAGGCGAACCCUCUCCGCUAGAUUUUUCUUCCCAACAGCGUCGUCGGCGCGAGUCCAAUAUCUCCCUCGCCGACCUUUCCGAGGGCUCAUCAGACCGAUACGGCGACGACGCCUCCGAGAAUAUGGCUCUGAGAAACACCUCAUUCGAGCAAUCCGGCCAUGCCCGCAACCGUUCACAGAGCCACGCCCAGGUCUCCUUCAUGCAGCCGCAGCAGUUCGCCGCUCACCCGCCUCCGCGUCCAGGGCCCGUCACUUGGAUGACCCUGCCGCGGAAGAAGCAAUUAGCCUUGUUAGGGCUGUGUCGUGUAUUUGACUUUUUGCAGAUUGCCUCGUUGCAGGCUUACAUGUUCUACCAGCUCAAAUCCUUUGAUGAGAGCCUCUCCGACGCAGAUGUGUCCACCCAGGCCGGUAUCCUCCAGGGUGCCUUUACCGCGGCCCAGUUUGCCACGGCAAUUCCCUGGGGUCGAGUAGCUGAUGCCGAAUGGGGUGGACGGAAGUUCGUCCUUCUAGUUGGUCUUUUGGGUACGGCAGUAUCGUGCCUGGGGGUCGCUUUUGCUACGUCGUUCGCGCAGGCCGUGUUCUGGCGUUCAUUCGGCGGUGCCAUUAAUGGUACGGUGGGUAUUAUUCGGACCAUGAUUGCGGAGAACGUCAAGGAGAAGAAAUACCAUUCCCGGGCGUUCCUAAUUCUACCAAUUGGAUUUAACAUUGCUUCUUUGUUCGGACCUGUUAUGGGUGGUAUGCUCGCCGAUCCAGUGCGCAGCUAUCCGGCGUUGUUCGGCCCCAACUCUUCUUUUGGCGGGGCGAAUGGUGUACAAUGGCUCGAGCGCUAUCCUUAUGCAUUGCCCAUGUUGGCCAACGCGAUUUUCCUUUCUUUUGCUGCAUUCUGUGUUGGCAUCGGCUUGGAGGAGACUUUGGAAGCUUGCAAGGGUAAACCGGGCUUGGGUGUUUUUACCGCCAGGAUCUUCGCCCGCGGUAUCCGUGCCGUGGUUCCCUCUUCGUCACCGUUAUACCAGCGUCUGCCUUUUGCCGAUUACGGCGAGGAUGGUCCUCUGCUGGGCCAUCACCGCGAUCCUACCGAAAGCUACGAACUGGAAGAGAAGGCGGCCAAGCCGCUGCGCCACAAGCGCAUGCUGCCUUUCCGCAGACUUUGGACGAAGAACGUGUUGUGCACACUUUUGGCGCAGGCCUUCUUCGAUUUCCAGAUGGGUGCAUUCAAUAACCUCUGGCUGCUCUUCCUGUCAUCUCCCCGUUAUGAUUCCAACGACCCUGCCGCCCCUGCUCAGAGGCUGCCAUUCAUCUUUACCGGUGGACUGGGUAUGUUGCCUCAGAGCGUCGGAUUCGCCACGGCUAUUCUGGGUGUCAUCGGCAUGCUCCUCCAGUUCACCGUGUAUCCCGCAAUCAACAGCCGCUUGGGAACGGCCAAGAGUUACCAGUACUUCUUGACUUUGUUCCCCCUGGCUUAUGCGUUUGCCCCGUAUAUCGCACUUGCCCCGUCCAGCGCACCACCUCCGGGACAGGCCAACGGACCGUGGGUUUGGUUUUCUAUCAUUGUUGUCCUUUUCCUGCAAGUCACGGCCCGUACCUUUACGCUGCCGACCUCGAUCAUCUUGCUGAACAACUGCUCGCCACAUCCCUCGGUGCUGGGCACCAUCCACGGGAUUGGCCAGUCAGUGUCCUCAGCCUUCCGAACUAUUGGGCCCAUCUUCUCCGGGUCUUGGUACGGAUACGGCUUGGAGGUCGGUAUGGUAGGGUUUGCCUGGUGGCUGAUCGCCCUGGUGUCCGUUUUUGGAUGCGUUGCGGCUAUCUUCGUCUACGAGGGAUCCGGCCAUGAGAUCGUCCUCCCCGGAGAGGAGGACGAUUUCCGUGACCGUCACUGA